AUGGAUCAAGACACCGUGUUUUGGAUCGCCUCAUGCACCAAACUCAUUACCGCCAUUGCAUGCAUGCAACUUGUCGAGCAGGGCCGGCUUUCACUAGAUGAUCCCGAUUCCAUUGAGCGACUCUGUCCCGAGUUGAAGGAUAUUCAGGUCUUAAGGGAUGAUGGCACCUUGGAGGAGAAGCAGGAUCGCAUCACGCUGAGGAUGCUAUUAAGUCAUACAGGUUCGAAAUCAAACAAGCUUCUCACCCCAGGACAGGAAGGAAUAACUGACAUCAUCACAGCGGGCUUUGGCUACUCAUUCCUUCAAGAGAAGCUAAAGAACUAUGCUCGCCCGAUUGGGUUUGACGAGUUCUCGGGAAGCAUUGCCGAUUUCAAGCAGCCGCUGGUUCACCAGCCAGGAAAGGCGUGGGAGUAUGGGGUCAAUAUCGACUGGGUGGGCAUUAUCAUCGAGCGCACGACGAGGCAAUCCCUAAACGACUACUUUCAUCAACACAUUUUCAAGCCCUUAAACCUCAGCCACAUCUCGAUAAUUCCGACUGCGGAAAUGAAAAAUAACCUUGCUUAUAUGCACCAGCGAGACAAGACUGGUCACCUCUCUGUCCGGGACCACCCGCUCCACCGACCCCUCGUAUUCGAUGAGAACGACGCCAAAUCAUUUUGCCAUUCCGGCGGCGCGGGAUGUUUCUCAACGCCCGCAGACUACUGCCAAAUCCUCGCCGUCCUCCUCAACGACGGUACUUCCCCAACUACGGGGAAACAACUCCUCCAGAAGAGCACAGUGGACGAAAUGUUCCGCAACCAAAUCGCGCAUCUUCCCCCGCUCACCGAGAAACCCUUUCCCGAUGCUAAACCCGAGUUCACCAAUCCCAGCGUCGGCGUUUAUCCCACUGUGGAAGGGGAUCGCCAAGGAUGGGGUCUGUCAUUUUUGAUCAGUGGCGGGAACACAGGACGCUCGCUGAGCACUGCGCACUGGACUGGAUUGCCAAAUAUGUUCUGGUGGUGUGAUCGCGAACAGGGUGUUGCAGGAAUCGUUUGUACCCAAAUCUUGCCGUUUGGUGACCGUCAGUCUUUUAAACUAUGGCUGGAUGUGGAAACGGGGGUUUAUGGGGGGAUUAGGAAAGGUAAAUUAUGA